GACUAUAAACUGGAGACUCUGGUGUGGAGGUGGUGAUAAACAGAAGGGUGUGUGUUGUGAGAGGAUGAGCUGUGUCCUGAGGUCUGUAUCACGAAGCAGGAUAACGCGCUUAUCGAGGUAACUUCAGGGUUAACUCUGGGUUUCUGGUUUCAUGAGGCUGGAUUCAUUGUUAUGGAGCUACGUUACCAUGGUAACUUACUCUGAACAGCUAACCUGCUUCAGGUCAGGGCAACUUUCAGGAUUUAUCUAAAUCCGAUAAAAGGCUCCACCCACCGGCCAAUCAGCUGUUCGGGAAAGAAUUGCGUGUCCUUUCAUUGAAGACCUGAUUGAGAUGAGAGAGUGUAGAAGAGCGUAACGGUGUGAACGCAUCUUCCAGGAGAUAAUCACACAAAUACAGGCCUCUGAUGAUCCAGAGUUUGAAGCAGCCUCUGACUGGACCAUGUUACUGGGAGGUGGAGAAGAGAUCUUCAUCCACAUGGUCUCCAUUUAAGACCAUCAACAGAGCUUCACUUCAACUCAGUGAUGCGGACUUCCGGUUCUGGGUCACUGCUCCUGCGGUCGACCGGUCGGAGCGCUGAGCGGUUUUCCUCUUAUUUCUAAAUUUUUCUAUUACAAGAGUCGUGUUUGUCUGUGUUUUUUGUCUUUUUUGUUUUAUUACACUGUCGGAAUGUCCUUCUUUUUCUCUCCUCGACACUCUUCCUGGGGAGAUUCGGAAACAGACAUUCGAGUCGGAUCAGUCCAACACCAAACAGAAACUGCACGAGGCGACCAGACGGGGAAAAAAGAAGGGAGGUAUCAGAGCGCGACUUCGAUGAGCAACAGGUAAACAGCUGACUUUGCCGGCAGUCAUCCUCGCCAAUGUCCGCUCACUAAGGAAUAAAUUGGACGAACCUCAGGCUAAUGUGGACCAUCUGCAUGAGUACAGGAAUGCGUCUAUUCUGGGAUUUACUGAGACUUGGCUUAAUCAUGGCGACGACAACAAAGCGCUGCACAUCGAUGGAUUCGGCCCCCCCAUCAGGCUCGACCGCAACAGUGACGUCACCUGUAAACAACAUGGCGCAGUGUGUGUUUUUAUAUCAACCCCCGAUGGUGCUCCACUGUCCAUGUCAGAGAGAAGCUGUACACCCCAGACAUUGAGCUCCUGUCUCUGUCUCUUCGUCCUUUUUACCUUCCCAGAGAGUUCCCUCAACUCUUCUUUGUCCUCGUUUACAUACACCCCAAAGCUAAUUCCACCUCAGCAACUGAUCUCAUCAGGAGCUCCCUGGACACAUUUGAACAUUUAUCCCCUGACUCCCCCAAAUUCAUUCUUGGAGAUUUUAAUCACUGCAACCCUGGAAAAUCUCUGAAAGGCUUUGAACAAUACAUCCACUGCUCCACCUGUCUGGAAAGGACACAUGAUAGAUGCUAUGGUUCUGUCCCGGACGCCUACAAACCUCUGCUCAGUUUGGCAGGGCCUGAAGAGAAUGGCGGCUGUUAACCUUCCCAUCAGCAACAACCCUGUUAACAUCCCCGGCAGCACACCAGCAUCUCUCCUCAAUGACCUCAAUUCCUUCUUCUCCAGAUUUGAGAUCAACAACUCCACCCAGCUAGAGGACAUCAGAUCCACCCUCAUACCUGACGACCACAAUGUCCCCUGCAUCUCUUUCCUCACCACAGACGUAGUGAUGGCCCUAGAGAGAUCCAAGGCUAACAGCGCACCUGGAGCCGAUAACAUCAGUGGCCGGGUCCUUAGACACUGUGCGGACCAGUUAGGGACUGUCUUCCAGGAACUGUUCCAGAUCUCCAACAGCACAGGAACUGUCCCCAAACACUCAACCAUUAUCCCCAUUCCCAAGAGAAGCCCCCCCAGGGCCCUGAAAGACCUGCGCCCAGUGACUCUCUCCUCCCAGGUGAAGAAGGCUAUGGAGAGGCUAGUCAAGCAUCACAUUCUCACUCUGACCAACUCUAAACUCGACCCGCUCCAAUUUGCAUAUCAAAGCCACAAAAGUGUUGACGAUGCCAAAGCCUUCAUCAUCGACACCAUCCACAGAAACCUGGAGCUUCCCCACAGCUCCACCAGACUCCUGUUUGCUGACUUCUCCUCGGCCUUUAACACCCUGCAACUGCACAUCCUAGCAGAGAGACUCCAGCGGAACUUCAACUUGAGCAGCCAGCUCAUCCUCUGGAUCCUGGACUUUCUGACCAACCGAACCCAAUGAGUCCGGAUUAACAAUAACCUGUCUGAUCUCUUCCCCACCUCCAAUGGCUCCCCACAAGGCUGUGUGCUUUCUCCACUGCUCUUCAUUCUGUACACUGACGAGUGCAGAUCAACACACCCCAACUGUCACCUGGUGAAGUUCGCUGAUGACACAGUUCUCCUGUCCCUCCUGUCUGGUCCCUCCCUCCACCAUGGACCCGCUCUGCAGCAGUUCAUAGAGUGGUGUGACUCUUCCUGAAUGGAGCUCAAUGUCAGCAAAACGAAGAAGAUGGUGGUGACCUUCUCCAGCAGCCAAAGGGAACCGGUGGCAGCUGUCACCACUAUGAUCCACGGUUCAGACAGUUGGGGAAUACAGAUACCUGGGAACCAUCCUGGACUGCCAACUGAGGUUCUCUUCCAACACCGAAGGGAUCCUGAGGAAGUGCCACCAGAGGAUGUACCUACUAAGGAAACUGAACUCUUUUUCUGUUAGUAGGAGCAUCUUGCUGACAUUCUGUCAUUAAACAGCACAUCAAUUUUAGGAUACUCCUCCUCACCUUCAAAGCCCUCCACCACCUGGCUCCCCCUUACCUGUCUGACCUCCUUAUCCCCCACCGCGCCACCCGUGCCCUCUGAUCCUCUUCCCCUCCUCUUACUGACAGCACCAACAUCCAAGCUCAAAUCCUUCGGCGACAGAGCCUUCUCCCGAACAGCACCCCGGCUCUAGAAAUCUCUUCCCCAACCGGUCCAUGACUCACCCUCACUCCCCACAUUCAAGUCCCGUCUGAAAACAUACCUCUUCUCCCAAGCCUAUUACCUCCCCUUCCCCUAACCGGUGUCUCGUCCUUUUUGUUAGUACUUACCUCCUCACCAGUACUUCACUCCUCGCUACCCUGUUCCUCUGUGUCUUUGGGUUCUUGAAGAGUGCUAUAUAAAGUCAAUUAUUAUUAUUAUUAUAAUUAUUAUUAUUAUUAUUAUUAUUAUUAUUAUUAUUAUUAGUAGUAGUAGUAGUAGUAGUAGUAGUACAGAAUCAGUGAAAAUAAAAGUCAAAUAUUUCCCUU